AAAAAAAAUCCCAACUGUACCUCACAGUCCAUCCAUAGAGAGUGUUCAGGAUUCACAUGACACAUCGAGCUGUUCUGACUGGUGUGUCCUGCUAGUAACUACCUGGUUUGGGUUUGAAAUCCACGCUGGAGGGACAGAGCAGGAGGAACGGGACCACGGAUUUACGGACUGUCGCUACUGUACUGAAACUGGACAGCCAUGGGAGCUGUUCUGGGGGCCUUUUCCUUCGCAAGCUGGGUGCCGUGCCUAUGCAGCAGUGCAAGCUGUCUGAUGUGCAGCUGCUGUCCGAACAGCAGGAACUCCACGGUGACCAGGAUCAUCUACGCCUCCAUCUUGCUGCUGGGGACCAUCGUCGCCUGCAUCAUGCUGUCACCAGGUGUGGAUCAGCAGCUAAAAAGGAUCCCAGGCUUCUGUGAAGAUGGAGCUGGAUCUUCUAUCCCCAGCCUGAAGGCUAAUGUCAACUGUGAAAUGUUUGUUGGCUACAAGGCAGUGUACCGCGUCUGCUUUGGCAUGAGUAUGUGUUUCCUGGCGUUUUCCAUUCUUAUGAUUAACAUCAAGAACAGCAGAGACCCCCGUGCUGCCAUCCACAAUGGAUUUUGGUUCUUUAAGUUUGCUGCUUUGGUGGCAGUUACAGUCGGUGCCUUUUACAUUCCAGAUUGGCCUUUUACCUACACGUGGUUUGUUGUGGGCUCCGGUGGGGCCUUCUUUUUCAUUCUGAUCCAGCUGGUGCUGCUGGUGGACUUUGCCCACUCCUGGAACGAGUCCUGGUUGGAUAAGAUGGAGAGUGGCAACUCCAGGGGUUGGUAUGCAGCUCUGCUGGGGGUUACAGUCCUCAACUACAUCCUGUCCUUAACUGCUGUCAUACUGUUCUUCGUUUUCUACACAAAGCCUGAUGGAUGCUUCAUCAAUAAGUUCUUCAUCAGCUUCAACAUGCUGUUCUGCAUGCUGGCCUCUGUUGUCUCUGUGCUGCAUAAAGUACAGGAGUCUCAGCCACGUUCAGGUCUUCUACAGUCCUCCAUCAUCACCCUGUACACCAUGUAUAUCACCUGGUCUGCCAUGACCAAUGAGCCUGAUCAAGAAUGUAACCCCAAUCUACUGAGUAUCUUACAGCAUAUCACCGCCCCCACGCUGGCCCCUCUGGAGAUGGAGAACCAGACAGCUGUGGUGAUCGUCGACACAGAGGAACCUGUGUUGACGUCCCCGUACCUACAGUGGUGGGACACCCAAAGCAUCGUGGGACUCGCUAUAUUUAUCCUGUGCAUCCUCUACUCUAGCAUUCGUUCGUCCAGCACCAGCCAGGUAAACAAGCUGACCAUGGCCUCCAAAGACUCGGCCAUCCUGGCUGAGGGCGGCAGCAGCCCCGACCUCUCAGAGGAGUCAACGGGACCCAGGCGAGUGAAGGACAAUGAGCAGGACAUGGUCCAGUACAGCUACUCCUUCUUCCACUUCAUGCUCUUCCUGGCCUCGCUCUACAUUAUGAUGACCCUCACCAACUGGUACAGCCCUGAUGCAGACUACACUGUAACUAGCAAGUGGCCAGCAGUGUGGGUGAAGAUUACCUCCAGCUGGGUGUGUUUAGCCAUGUACAUCUGGACCCUGGUGGCCCCCAUGAUCCUCACCAACCGAGACUUCAGCUGAUCAGUAACUCCAUCACUGACUCCACAAAAAAACAAACCUCUUCUUUUUUACAUAAUACCAUAUUGCCUACAUCUUACUUUCCAAACUGACUCACACUUUAUCCCUUUAGCUGGAGUUCAGUUUUAUUAUUUCUGGAUUUAUUGAAGUUAAAAUUGGGUCUUAUUCAGAGAUGCCAUAACAGCUGCUUCAGGUACAGGUAUUUACUGUAGUGAUUUCAUACCAGUCAGUAGCAGCUGCUCAUUAAUUGGACAUCCCAGGACAAUCACACAUUUUCUAUUGAAGCACAAAAACACACCAUGAAGGAAAACCACUCCAUUUGUUGUUUGCAUAAAUUUAUGUGAAUUGUAAAUCAAAUUCAACAUUUUGAUAGUAUGUGAUCUUAAAGGUUCAGUGUGUAAUAUUUAGGAGGAUCUACUGACAGAAACGCAAUAUAAUAUACAUACUACAUGUACUCUACGGAGUGCAUUCAUGUGGUGCAUUCAUGUGGUGUCUGAAAAAAGUUUUUCCUCCUCCUUAAAUCUUUAUUUCAAAGAGGAAUAAAGUGUACAUUUACAUAAAGAAGUAUACAGAACAGUAUACAAAUAUAUAAGAAGACACAAAUAAUAAACUACCAGAGGUAAUCUAUAUUACAUAAAGAUAUUAUGUGUACACUUUUCACAGCGUAUUUUUUUUU